UGUUUGUGUAUAGGUUAGACAACAAAAACGUAUUGGAUAAUAUACAUUAUGGAUAAAAGCAGUCAAACAUCUGUGAAAUCGACCAGUACCAGUAGCAGUGCCACAGGGAGAGACCAUAAUAGUCUCAAUCUCAGCAAACUAUCCCACAAAAUCUCCAAGGCUACUUCCCAAUCCCAGCUGAGAAAGCCCUGUUUUGAUGCUCCUGUGAAUCAAAAUCAUUCGAGCUUCAACCAUACCCAAAAUCGACUUCAAUCGGCAGCCCCUGCAGUUCAACCGCAGCAGCAACAGAAUCUACAGGCGCAGGCGCUGGCGCAACAGCACCAGCCCCCGGUGUAUAACAUUAACAAGAAUGACUUCCGCGAUGUGGUUCAGAAGCUUACAGGCUCCCCCGCUCACGAGCGCUUCUCAAAUCCUCCGCCCAUUCAACCUCCUAAGCCCCAAAGCUCUCGCCUCCAACGAAUUCGCCCUCCUCCUCUCGCUCAUGUUACUAAUCGUCCCCCUCCACAACAGCUACCAAACAGUUCCCAUUUCCACCCCUCGACCGCCCUGAAUUUCGGCCUCACCGGCCGGCCUAUGGCGCCGCUAUCCCCAUUGCCUCCACUCCCGGCCGUCCACGCAGCGGCCGAAUCUCCUAUCUCAGCAUACAUGCGAUACAUCCCAAACUCAUUUCCCAUUGCCGAUUCAAAUCCACCGCCGCCCCAAGGAUUAUCACCACUCAGCCAUCUAGCCUCGUCCUGCUGGAACAAUUUCACCACACAGCAGCAAGGUUCGAUGCCUCUCCCACCAUCGUCUGCAAUGUUACAGUCACAUCCACAGUUUCAGAUGCCGCCAUCAUCGCCCCUAGCAUUCGGAUGCUUGAACUCCCCAAGGUCCUCGCACAGUGCCUUAUCUUCCCCAAAUCUGAUGUUCUCGCCAUCGACAAGUCAAUUAGGGUUUCCAUAGUUGCCGCUCUCGCCAUCUGUACCCGCGUCAAGCCCUAGAUGGGUCGGCGACUAGUCCCCUUCGGCCGGUUACAUUCAGGAAACGCCGCCGUUUUAUGCGUCAGGAGGAAGCCUCGGCAAAGAAAGAGGGAAAAUUGCUAUUAUAUAUUAUUUUAUUAUCCACUCUGGAAUUUAAAAAUGCAAUACCGUUAGUUUUCAAUUUCAGUCUCCAAUUUAUUUUUUAAAUAUUUUUUAU